AUGCCCGUACCAACGAGUCUCGACAGGGCUCCAGCCAGCACAUCAGCUGCAAAGAACAUCUGGACCGCUGCAGGAGAAGGCGAUCUUGAGCGUGUCAAGGAAUGCGUUGACCGCGAAGGUGUCUCGCCAACGGCAGCGGAUGAGUUCACAUACACACCGCUACACGCCGCCGCGUCAUAUGGGCAUCUCAAUAUUCUCCGCUACCUUCUCAGUCACUCAUCAGCACCCUCUAAUGCUGUGAACACGACCGAUUCGGACCUCGACACCCCCCUCUUUGUCUGCGAAACCGUCGAAACAGCUCGCUGUCUAAUCGAAGAGUUUCAAGCCGAUGUCAAGCACAAGAACUCCGAAGGUCUCACAGCGGCACAACAAGCACUCGAAAACGAGCACGAAGAUCUGGCGCGGUACAUCGCCUCCGUCACCGGCGAGUCGCUCGAUCAGCAGGAUGAAGAGAACAACGAUGAGGAGGUGGACGAAGACGAGAACGGCGUUCAACGAUCACAAUCAACAGAGUUGACUGCGGAAGAGCAAGUGGCAGAAGACGAGAGGCUCGAUGCACAGACAGAUCAGCUCAUGGCAAGAGUUGGCGAGAUCAUGACUCGUGCAGAGCGCGAGGGUUUCGAUCCAGAGGACGAGCUGCGUACGCUAGUCAGCGAGUCGGUUCUCCGUCAAAUUGUCGAAGGAAUGAAUCAACAACCCAGCUUGACGAAUCCCGCUGACUCGACUUAA